AUGUCAAUGCUAAUUGCACUUGUCAUCUGGGGUGAUAUGGCGAUCCACAUGUCAUCAGAUGUUAUCGAACAACGACGAAAAGGAAUUCUGAGAAAUUACUUUCGACGCUUAAAAGCAAACAUCUACGAAAACCGAACAGCCCUAGCCCAUGUGAUCGUGGAGCACAUUGAAGCCCCACGCGGCCACCUUACUGACACCUCGCUGAAGGAAGCCUUUCAACACCUCUACUACUCAUGGCCUUUUGGAGUCGCUAUUAUGGCCGAGAUCCUGCUCUUCAUGGCAACUGUGCUCUAUCUCACGCGAAAGGACUUCAAAGUGGCGACACAACAGUUUUCCGUUUAA